AUGAAAGAACAUAAAAUCAAAUUGGACACAAUAAAUAAAGAAUUGCAAAAUCAUACAAAUAAAACAGACAGUAUAACUCAAGAAAUUAAAAGACAUUCUGAUCAGAUUGUUUCUUUACAAGAAGAUCAUAAAAUCAUUGUCGAUACAACAAUGAAACUUGAGAAAGUGCAAUCAAAGCACAUUGUGAUGUACAAAUUUCUGCAACAAAGAUUGAUGUCUAUUGACAAACUGAUUCAAAUCUUUAACCAGAACUUGGGAACAAGGGAACAAAGAUUACACAAGCUUGAAAAUAUUGAAAUUACCAUUUCAAAGAUGUCCAAAGAAAUUCAUUUAAUCGAGUCACGUGGACGUAACAGAUAUGCUUGUUAUAUGGAACUUGUUGAUUCAACACCUGUCAGUGGUGGAUUAAUUAUUUCAACAUUUAAUCAAGUACUUGAAUAUAACGGUCAACAUUUUAAUCAAACAACAGGGAAAUUUAUUUCACCACAGGAUGGUUUAUAUCUUCUCAGUGUGACACUAAAUGAGAGUGAAGAUAAACAGAUUAUAGUUAAUGUGAUGGUUGAAAACAUGCCUUCAAGAAUUCAGGUAAAGCUUGUUACAGAGCGCAAGAAAUAUUUGGAAGAAAAGAUACAAGUUCUAGAACCUGUUAUAGGAAAUAUGAAAAAUGUUGUUGCAAAAAGUAAGGCGUGGCUAGAAGAAAAAACUGACCAAUCAUCUGUCAGCUACAUCGAGCUAUCACAAGAACUGGACACAGCAGCCACGGCCUUUUUGGAUAUGACGUCACAUAUUUUAAAUGAGGACAACAUGGAUGUCAACAAACCAACGCCAUCUUUACCACAGCCUGACACACAGACAACAGCAACAUUUCUAAAAUUAGAAUCUACAAAACAACUCAAGACACAAGUUAAACAUACAGCGGUUGAAGAACAUCCUGACCUAGAGCGAAGACUCGCCUAUAUUGAAACAACACUAUCUUCACUACAGGACACACAACACAAGUCUACAGAUGACGUAUCAGAAAUAAAACAAUGGAGAGACAACUUUGUAACAGAACAGAGUGACAUGGGGGUAAACAUUGAACAACUGACUAAAAAACAAAAGCAGAGUUUUAAAAACCUCAGAAAACAAAUGAGUGAACAAGAUAACAAAGUAAAGGAGCUGAACAAAGAAAUUGAAAGUUUAAAAGAAAAAGAAUCCAGGCCAAACAAAACACAAGAGAAACUGUCUCUAGAUAUGAAAGAAUAUGAAAACAAAGUGCGCGAAAUAAACAAAGAGAUGCAAGAUAUAAGAGACAGUAUGAAAGAAGGAAUUAAAAGCCAUUCUGAUUUGAUUGUUUCUUUACAAGAUGAAAAUAAUAAAAUCUUGGACAAAACAUCAACCCAAUUUGUAAAGUUACAAUCAAAGCACAAUGUAAUGUAUAAACUCCUACAACAAAGAUUGAUGCCCAUUGACAAACUGAUUCAAAUCUUUAACAAGAACUUUGAAACUAGGGAAGAAAAAUUAAAUAAGCUGGGUGAACUUGAAAAUACUAUUUCAAAGUUGUCUAACGAUUUUCAUCUCAUAGAGUCACGUGUAUGUAACAGAUAUGCUUGUCAUGUAAGGCUUGAUGAUCCCACACCUAUUGGAGUUGCUGUGGUGGCUGGAGACAGGCAGUGUACGGCUAUAGAAGUGAAAUGUGCCGACACUAGUGCUGCUGGGUCAGUGGUUGUCGACAUGAAGAAAGAUCAAGAAAUUUACCUUGAAGUGUUUAACGCAGAUCAAGGCGCAGCUUUAUCCUUCUUCAGUAGCUUUACUAUCGUUAGUUUAUAG